UCGCGAGACGACCAAUCCCAGUCCUAUUUCACUCAAUCAUCCUCGACUUCUUCUUCGCUCAAGCGCUCACACCCCUCGAGAUCUUCGCUGCUGGUCGGCUCGCCGCCCUCGACUUCGCACCGCACCACUUCCGAGCCUUCAUUCGAAAACAUUGGCUCUCUCAAACGCUCCUUAGCUUCUUCCGGCUCACUCGCUGCCUCUCGUCAAUCCUACUCCAACUUCAAUCAAGCGAAUACAUCCAACAACUUCAUCCCCGACCAUCAACCGAAGCUCUCAUUUGAGCUCGGCCAUCAGCCAGACCACGGUCUAGCCUUCCCCGCCUACGAUGAGGUCCAAUUCUUCCAUGAAGACGAGCCGCUAGACCUCCCUCCUAGCCCUCGACCUGAGGAUGAAACGUCUGACGCUGAUUCUAACGAUGGUCGAGGUGACCGAGACGACGAAGAUGAUGCUGGUAGCACUACUGACACUACCCGCUCCGACUCGCCUUUACCAACACCCACUGUGGCUGACGACACAGCUAUUAAGCACGAGCCAUCGAGGCACGUCGACUAUCUAUCUCACGACUGGCGGGAGGAAGACAUCUGGUCCUCCUGGAGGCACAUUGUCUCACAACGAAAGGUAUACGGCCAAAGGUCGCGCCUGGAAAACGCGUCAUGGAGAACGUGGGCCAAAUCCAAAUAUCACCUCCCAACCGUGUCACCAGAGACGCUUAAUUGGUACGCCUGUACGAUCUUAGGACAGUGCGGCACUAGCGAUGUGACCUGGCUCUAUGGGCCCUUACAGCCUGCCUCGACCCAUCCAGUAACCCAAUAUUCGCCUGACCCUAGCCCACAUUUCUCGAGCUCCAAUUCCUUCGUUAACAAGAAACCUAUCCUCAAGAAGCGAAGCAUGUCUGAGGUAAUGCUCCAACGCUCGCUAUCAACCUCAUCUCUCGUCAAGCAGGCUGCUGCUGCCGUACAGGCCCAGCAAACCCUGCCACCAUCUAAACGACCCACGCUUGGUCGUUCGUCUGCCUAUCUACCCUCCGAUACUCUAAUGGUGCCCGGUGGUAGGGACCAGCUCGAUUUCUUGGACUUAGGCUGUUUUUCUCCGCGCCCCUCAUCUGGAGACCGUUCGCCAUUCGAGUAUCCCAAACGUCACAUUCGCUUCGAUGAGAAGCUUCCAUCAACCACAUUAAAGAACAAAACAGAAAACAACGAGCCUAUUGCACAGCCAAGUCCGUCUUUGGUACGCUCAUGGAGUUCAAGCAAACUGCCGCAAUCAGCUUCUCAGGAAACCCUGAAGCCUUCUAAUCCCUCGAAGAACCAUAUCCUACCUCCUGAUGACGAGGAAAGCGAAGACUUGGAUUCGGACGAUACAGAAUCACUCAGGUUGAGUGCAUUUGCGAAUCGAAGAGACAGUGUAGCCGUGCAUAGAUCACGGACGUCAGGUUCACCAGCCACUACACCAUCUGAAGACGAGGAUGGGCCAGAGGGCUCUGGAAUGCGCCGUAGCGGUUCUGGGAUGUUCAUGCCUUACGAGGAAGAUGAGGAUGACAUCGUUGCCGCCGGACUCUUCGGCAAGGUGAGUGACACCUUAAAUACCGCAAAAGAUAUUGCCCAUGUAAUAUGGAAUGUCGGAUGGAGAAAA